GUCGCUUGACGGCCGACGAGCCGGCGGUAUAAUUCUUUUUAAACAUGCAGCACGCAUACGAGCCUCACUGUAUAUAUAAUCCAGCCCGUCGACUUCGGGAAUCAGUCAACCCGACAGCUUCACCGAGUAACACACUAGCGCCACAAUGAAGGUCUACGUCGCUUUCGCUCUCCUGAUGGCCACGGUGAUGGCAGAGCCACCGAGGUAUCGUCCGCAGCAGCAGAGACAAUUCUACUUUGCCAGACAGCAAGAAGAAACCACCACAGCGGCCAACGCACCUUACCAACCUUCCGGAUGGAGACCAGCCGGUCCAGCCUUCAAUCUUCCCCAGAGAGCACCUCAGAGGCAAUACGGGGCACCUAGUGCACCUCAACAGCAGUACGGAGCACCUACUGCUCCUCAGCAACAAUACGGGGCACCUGCUGCUCCUCAGCAGCAAUACGGAGCACCUAGCACGCCUCAACAGCAAUACGGAGCACCUAGCGCGCCUCAACAGCAAUACGGACCACCAGCAGUUCCUCAACAACAGUACGGACCACCGCAAGAAACCACCACUGCCGAAGUGCCAAGUACCACCGAGGCAGAGGAUGCUACCACUGUCGCUAGCGUCACCGAUUCCGAGUCCGAGCCCGUCAACGCCGUGAACGAGCUCGACGACGAGGACGUCGACGAACAGCAGCCGCAACAGUCCGGCGAGUACUACGUGGCCCUUCCCGAUGGCCGUCUCCAACGCGUCCGUUACGUCAGCCGCCAGAACAUCGAGGCGAUGAAGUACUUCGCCAAGAUCCGCGCGGAGAACGUGGAACCUCUCCGCGGGCCCAUCUACGCGUACGCCCCCCUGCAAAAGUUGCAGAUCGUGCCAGCUGGACUGCAAGUGUCCGUCGCUCCAGUCGCCUCGGUCGCAGCAUCACCGUCGGCCGAGUCGAAACCGCAAAAAUUGGAGAUUCAACCGGUCGCCACGCAAGUGCAGUAUCAGUACGACAAUCCCGCCGGUGUGCUCCCGUUGGCUGCUUACGCUGCACCGAGCGACUCUAGAUACCUUCUAACCUUGCCGUAACUCGAACGGACGACGAUUCACUUGUAACUUUACUUGUACAUACUCGUACAUGUCGUUUGACGAGGACCGUGCCGAGGUCCUGAAUUUAAAACUAAUUUUAAGAAGAUUGUAAGCGCGAAGCGUAAGAAAGUAGAAGAAGUAACAAGGACGAUAUUAACGAGCAAA